AUGGACGGAUUCCGCGGCGCCGUCGACGCAGUGGCGGCGAUCCUGCGCCGCGUGCUGCUGCGCGAUCCGAGCAACCGCCGCGAGGCGUGCACGUGGCUCGCGGCGCUAAUCGGUCGCGUGCAGCUCCCGCCCGCGCUGCGCCGCGCACUCGUCUGCCAGCUGGUGGCGCGCAGCGGAUCGCUGGCCGCUGGUGAGGCCGGGGGGAAGGCCGGGGGGGAAGGCCGGGGGGGAAGGCCGGGGGGGAAGGCCGGGGGGGAAGGCCAGGGGGGAAGGCCGGGGGGAAGGCCGGGGGGGAAGGCCGGGGGGAGGCCGGGGGGGGGCCGGGGGGAGGCCGGGGGGAGGUUGACCGCUCUCUCAUUCCGCUCUUUUCUCCCCUUCUCCACUUUACCCCACACACUCACUCUUCCCCCAUUGCCCCUCCUCCCACACUUCCCCCCUUCCAAUACUCCAAAUUUGAUUGUUUCUUUCCCACUCGCCUCUAACCGCUCUCUCAUUCCGCUCGUCCCUCCCCAUCUCCCUCCCCUUCCCUUCAUUUCUCCCCACACCCCCCUUCCCUCCCAUUCCCCCUCUCUCUUCCCUCCUCUCCGAAACCCUUCAAGUCCCAAUCCUCGUCGCAUUCUCCUGUGGUUCGAUCACUUCAGCAUGGGGCCAAGUCCAAGCAGUCAAGGGAGCAGACGGGGGGAAGAGGGGGAGAGGAGCAGGGAGCAACAGAGACCAAGCGCCUAUGCUGCCACUGCCUAUGCUGCUGCUGCUGGUUCUGGUUCGGCCCAAACCAAGCUCGCAGGGUCAGCAGCAGCUGGUGACGCUCUGCACCGCGACAGUCCAGGAGAGGAGCAGAGGAGAGCGUGGGGAAAGAAGGGAGGAAAGUAG